GUGAAAAGCAGUUGGGGGAUUCACCAGUUCUGAUGUUUUUUCUCUCUUUUGUCGGCUGAUGGUAGUGAGCCUCGGUUUGACCUGACCAUGAUUCCCAGGACUGGCACUUUUUAUUUUUUCUCCCCAAACUAUACAAAUCCACAUCUUUUUUUGAUUCUCAAGGAAAUUAGAUUAUUGACAGAUUUUGAAUCUGGACAAUAAAAGGUACUUUCUCCUAGCUUCUUUCUGGCAUCAUUUCUGGGAUAUUUUCCACAAUCUUCACAGGAAACAGGAAUGAACCGGCAGCUAGUGAACAUUUUGACAGCCUUGUUUGCAUUUUUCUUAGAGACAAACCACUUCAGGGCAGCUUUCUGCAAAGACCAUGAUUCUAGAUCUGGUAAACCCCCCUCACAGUCCAUGUCUCCUUCAGAUUUCUUGGACAAAUUAAUGGGGAGGACAUCAGGAUAUGAUGCAAGAAUCAGACCUAAUUUUAAAGGUCCUCCAGUAAACGUUACUUGCAAUAUUUUUAUCAACAGUUUUGGAUCAGUCACAGAGACCACAAUGGACUACAGAGUGAACAUCUUUUUGAGACAACAGUGGAAUGACUCCCGGCUGGCUUACAGUGAAUACCCUGAUGACUCCUUGGACUUAGACCCAUCUAUGUUGGACUCCAUUUGGAAACCAGACUUAUUCUUUGCUAAUGAGAAGGGUGCCAAUUUCCAUGAUGUCACCACAGACAACAAACUACUACGGAUUUCAAAAAACGGCAAAGUGUUAUACAGCAUCAGGCUUACUUUAACCUUGUCUUGUCCAAUGGACUUGAAGAACUUCCCCAUGGAUGUCCAGACUUGUACAAUGCAACUGGAGAGCUUUGGCUACACCAUGAAUGACCUGAUAUUUGAGUGGCUAAGUGAUGGCCCAGUACAAGUGGCUGAGGGUUUAACCUUACCACAGUUUAUUUUGAAAGAAGAGAAGGAACUUGGAUACUGCACAAAGCAUUACAACACUGGAAAAUUUACUUGCAUUGAAGUCAAAUUUCACCUGGAGCGACAGAUGGGAUACUAUUUGAUCCAGAUGUAUAUUCCUAGCCUGUUGAUAGUCAUUUUGUCCUGGGUUUCAUUUUGGAUCAACAUGGAUGCAGCACCUGCCAGAGUGGCUUUGGGCAUCACCACAGUUUUGACAAUGACAACCCAAAGUUCUGGUUCCAGGGCCUCACUGCCAAAGGUGUCCUACGUAAAAGCUAUUGAUAUCUGGAUGGCAGUAUGUCUCCUGUUUGUGUUUGCUGCCUUACUGGAAUAUGCAGCUGUUAACUUUGUUUCAAGGCAACACAAGGAGUUCCUGAGGCUCAGGAGAAGACAAAGGAGGCAAAACAAGGAAGAAGACGUUGCUCGGGAAAGUCGUUUUAAUUUCAGUGGCUAUGGGAUGGGUCAUUGCCUCCAAGUUAAAGAUGGAACAGCAGUGAAAGCCCCACCCCCAAACCCACCCCCAGCGCCCCCGAAAGAUUCAGACUCCAUCAAAAAGAAGUUUGUGGAUCGGGCUAAAAGGAUUGAUACAAUAUCCCGAGCUGCCUUCCCGCUGGCCUUCCUCAUAUUCAACGUCUUUUAUUGGAUCACAUACAAAAUCAUUCGGCAUGAGGAUGUCCAUAAGAAAUAG